UGGUAGAGUCCGUAAUGGAUGCCCCUUCCAAGAGUUCCACUUGCCUGUAAUUGAGAAGAUGAGUGAGUUGAAGGACUGCCCACCACUCAAGUACUAUGACUUCAAGCCAGUGGAGCAUGUGAAAGUGUGUCCACGCUAUACUGCUGUGUUGGGCCGCUCUGAGGAUGAUGGCAUCGGGAUUGAAGAGCUGGAUACACUGCAGCUGGAGCUGGAGACCCUUCUGUCCUCAGCCAGCCGCCGUCUUCGAGCACUGGAAGAACAGAGACAGAUUCUGACAGAUUGGCAGGACAAAAAAGGUGACAAAAGGUUUCUAAAGCUGAGCAAAGAUGCUGAUCUCUCAGCUUCCUCUCGUCAUCCCAAGCCUAAGAAGCAGAAGCUGGAGGGAAAGGCAGGUCACGGGCCCGGCCCCGGCCCAGGCAGGCCAAAAUCCAAGAACUUGCAGCCCAAAGUUCAGGAAUAUGAAUUCAGUGAAGAUCCGCAAGACAUACCCCGCAACCCCAAAAAUGACGCACCUAACAGAUUCUGGGCCUCAGUGGAACCCUACUGUGCAGACAUCACCAAUGAAGAGAUCAGAGUUCUUGAAGAGCUUCUUAAACCCCCUGAAGAUGAAGGAGAGUACUACAAGAUCCCAGCUCUGGGAAAGCACUAUUCUCAGCGCUGGGCUCAAGAGGACUUGCUGGAGGAGCAGAGGGAGGGAGCACGAGCCAAUGACAAGAAGAAAAGCCUCUUGGGUCCCCUUUCUGAGAUAGAUGCCAAAGACGUGGACGCUCUGCUGAAGAAGUCUGAAGCCCAGCACGAGCCCCCGGAAGAUGGAUGUCCAUUUGGCCCACUGACGCAGCGCCUGCUGCAAGCCCUGGUGGAGGAGAAUAUCAUAUCCCCCAUGGAAGAUUCUCCCAUCCCAGAUAUUCCAGUGAAGGAUGACGGGGUGGGAACGUCGCCCCGCAGCCAGGGAAAACCUUUCAGUGUGCCCCACACACGCUCUCUGGAGGCUCGGAUUAAGGAGGAGCUGGUGUCUCAUGGCCUGCUGGACUCUGAGGAGCGGCAGGGUGCCGGGGGGGACUCGGAGGACGAGGUGCUGGCUGAGCUCCAGAAGAGGCAGGCCGAGCUUAAGGCCUUGAGCGCCCACAACCGUGCACGCAAACAAGAGCUGCUCCGAUUAGCGCGGGAGGAGAUGAGAAAGCAGGAGCUUCGUCAACGGGUCCGCGUAGCUGACAACGAGGUAAUGGAGGCCUUCCGACGCAUUAUGGCUGCCAGACAGAAGAAACGCACCCCGACAAAGAAAGAGAAAGACCAGGCAUGGAAAGCCCUGAAAGAGAGAGAGAGCAUCCUCAAAUUGCUGGAUGGAUAAAAAACAAAAACCAAACACCACACCACAAAGAUGGGAGUGUCCAGCUGUGGACAGCCUGUGUGCUGACGUGUCCUGGGGACCGGAGUUGUAAUAAAUAGGUCAGCCAGCUAACUGGCAUAAAGCCAACCAACACUGUGGACCUAGGCCAAAUACCAGGGCUAAUUCUAGCCUGGGCAAGAUAGGCAGUUAAGAUGAUAAAACAAGAAGUUUGAAUUACUGUCAUACACAGCAUUGCCAAGAUGUGAUGCAGCACCAAAAUGGUGUAAAAUACAAUGUUUUUGCAAAUGGAAAUUCUUAUUCUUCAACGAAACCUAAAGUGGACUUUGAAGCAUUCAACAUGUCAUUUAUAUCUAACAGCUGAGCUCAAAAACAAUCAAAUUCCACUCUGGCACGUUACACCCCUCAUCCCUGUCUUUAACUCAGGCUAAGAACCCUCCCUGAACAAUCCCCCCCCCCCCAUGUGCACUAAGAAACCUCUCACUGACACUUACACUACUGUGAUGAAUCCAGUCAUGAUGGUAUCUGAGCUCAGGAGUUCUGUGGUAAAGCUUCUGAGUGUGAAUGCUGACCUGGGAUCAGUCCCCUCGACCCUACGUCUUAGCCCGUUACACCCUAAUGAACAAAACUGUGAGGUGUGUGAAGCUGAUCAUACACUGAGCUGAUACCUGAGUCCUGGAGUCUCUUGCUACGUUUGCCUUUUUUUGGUUUUUUGGUUUUGUUUUUUUUUUGGUUUUUUACAAUUCCCACAUGCAAGUAGUUUCCAGCAGUUAUUGUUGCCGUUUGUAUGGUAAAGUUGUAUUUUGCGGGUGCAUGUGUUGAGGAGAAAGCACGUGAUUUUGCCUACGUUUUCGGUUUGUUUGUUUUUUUUAUUGGAAUGGACGGAUUCGAGAAAAUGGACACAGUAUCUAAAAAGUCGUUUAUUUGACAUAAUAUUGUUAACGCUAGUGGUUCUCGAAAUAAAUGUUGUGUUUUUAGUAAGAGA